AUGACAUCGCGCAAACAGGACACGGUCCGGCGUUCCACGUCUUCCUCUUCUUCCUCUGUUGCUACUCCAGCGGCGGCUGCAAUGGCUCGCACCUUGCGCUUAGCACGUCAAUCAGGCUGUCUGAAUCUAUCUUCGCGCGACUUUCACUCGUUUCCUGAGGAGGUUUUUCGCUUGUACGAAGUUUUGGACGAGAACGAGCACAGUUGGGAGUGCGCCAUUCUCCGCAAAUUAGACCUCAGCUACAAUGAGAUCAUGGAGCUACCGAGUCAAGUCGAAACGCUCAAGAAUCUUACAAGUCUCAAGAUGCGUCAUAAUUAUCUGCGCCAAUUACCACUGACAUUGUGGAAUAUAGUGACACUUACAAACCUCGACCUUAGCAACAAUGAGUUGGAAGGUUGUAUACCGGAAGAAUUGGGACAGCUGGUCAAUUUGCGGGAGUUGGGACUCGAAGGCAACCGAUUGACAAUGUUGCCCGAGUCUCUUGGAGAGCUUGUGCACUUGGAGGUGUUACGGAUAGAUAGCAAUCAGCUGCAAACGUUACCUUCGACAAUUGGUUGUCUCCAAAAUCUGAAAACUUUGUCGGCGCAUUCAAAUCAGAUUAUGGAGCUGCCGUUAUCAUUUGGUUUACUUACGGGCCUGUUGACGCUUGAUUUAAAGAAGAACUGUUUGGUAAGGAUGAAUGACGCUCUUCUUGAGCUUGUGUCGAUCAAGUAUAUCGAUCUGCGCCAGAACAAACUGGAAGUGUUUCCGACUUUGCCAAAGAACAACACGUGCUUGGACCAGCUUUUUCUUGGUUACAACGUGCUAUGCGAGAUUCCAGAAGACGUUGUGUUGAGAGUGAUGGAGUCACUCACUGUGCUCGAUGUGCGUGACAACAAGCUGCAGCGUUUGUCCGACAAGAUCCCUCAGAUGUAUCGACUGAAGACGCUUGAUGUUACAAACAACGAUCUGCACGACUUACCUGCAGGACUAGGUUAUCUGAAGCAUCUUAAUCACCUGCUUGUUGAGGGCAACCCAUUGCGUUCAAUUCGGCGAUCUGUCAUUUCUUCCGGUACGGAGCCACUCAAGAAAUACUUGCGGACUCGCGGUGGCCCUCCUGUAGGAGUUGACGCGAUGGAGGAGGAGAUUGAUGAGUUUGCUAUCCGACAGAGAAAAACGCAGGAUGAGCCCAUGCCAGAAAAACUACCUCAAGAGGUUGAGAACCUGUUCCGAAAUGCUGCCGCAUCGGGUAACUUGCAUCUAGUCGACAUGAAACUUCAGCGACUACCAGACCAACUUUGUGCUGGAGCAAAGUACAAUUUUGGAGAAAAUUUGCUUCAGCUCGAUAUUUCCAAAAACUGGCUACAGGAGCUACCUGCAACGAUUGGCGACUUGAAAUCUCUUCGGUUUCUUACUGCAGAGAAUUGUGGAUUGAAGUCGAUUCAUUCUUCGAUCGCAAUGAUUCCGAGUUUAGAACGUUUGCGACUCAGCAAAAACUCGCUGACUACAGACGCUAUAAAUGCCAUGCUCAUCUUGGAAAAUCGUUCUAGUGUAUGUCACUCGCUGAAGGAGCUAGACCUCCGCAACAAUUUGUUGACAGAGGUCCCACAGAAGCUUCAGUAUUUGGAAUCGAUGGAUACUUUAGUGCUUUCGUUUAACCGUCUCCGAGUGAUGGACGGAUUUCCUUGGUCCACAAUGCGUCAGCUCUCUGUGCUAAGCGUUGCUAACAACCGCCUGGAGUCAUGCGGAUCAGUUCAUCAAGUGCCAAAGUUGACAUCGCUUUCUUUAGAGAACAACGAGUUGCGGCAGAUUCCUGCAGAACUUGCGCUCAGCGAGAAUCUUCGCGCCCUCUACCUGGAUGGUAACCCGCAGCGAGGAAUCCGAAACCACAUCUUGAAUAAGGGCACCGAUGCUGUGCUGAAAUUCUUACGUAAUCGACUUCCUCCAGACAUUAUGCCACCUGCUAGCGGCCAUGGGUCUCAGCACCCUGUCAAAAACGCAGCAAGCCCGGGCUGUGUAUCCCAGUCCAAUUCGAAUAACGAUGGAAGCAAGCCUCAGGGCAAAAUCAUUACCUCGAAUACGCUAGAAUCGAAGCAACUUUGUGUGAAUGCGUCUACUUCGCCGUUCAAGUCGAUGAGUUUAAGCUCCGUGCUAUCGUCUUCAGAGCCGCCCUUUGCACCAACACCAACACCUGUACAAUCCACCGUUGCAGAGGCGUCUUCAGUUGCUGAGGAUGAAGUACUACUUGAGUUGAAUACCAAAAUCCUUCAACUGGAGCAGCAGUUAGACGACGUUGCUGUCACAGCGGCAAAACGCUUUGCUUUGAAAAAAGAGUUAGCCAUGACGCGGUCAUUGAAGAUUCGUCAUUUGCGCAAGAUCGAAGCUGUUGCCGUUCACACUUUCGAAUCAACUACCAGUGCACUAUAUGACAUGCAACUGAUAUCCGUGGGUCAAACACUGAGAGCAUGUGUCGAAUGCUGUAUGCAGUCCUUAUUUCUCGUGUCGUGCGAUCAAGUGAGCGCGUCUUGGGUGACUUGUUUUCCAGCACUCACCGUUGAGAACUUUAGACAACCAGCACAAGUGGAUACUGUUAAGAAGAUCGUGUACGAACUCAGCAGCAAAAUGCGGGACUAA